AUGGAGGAGAACACUGGCAACAGCACUCUCAUCUCUGCAGCAGAGGGUGGAAGCGAGCGCUGCACCACCUUCCUCCUCAACCUCCAACCCCCCAAGAUCGAUGUCGAUGCGGCCGGCAUGAUGGGUAACACUGCUCUUCACCGAGCUUGUAGGCGCGGGCAUUCCAACAUUGUUAGAAUGUUGAUUGAGGCAGGGGCAGAUGUGAACAAACCCAACUCAAAGCAACAGUUCCCCCUCCACGUCGCAGCAUUCUACCGCCACAGGGGAUGCGUGGAGAACCUUCUCAAGAGUGACAAGAUCGACACGGGGGUGCUGGACAGGAAGGGAAGAACCCCGGCGGAGGACACCAAAGACCCCGACAUUGCAGAGCUGAUUCGCCGCUGCAAGGCUUGA